GACAGAUUAGUGGAAGUCGCCUCCCCUCUCUCUGCAACUAUCCCGGCAGUCACCAGUCAUCAGCCCUCCACCCCUCACCGGUCCGCCUCCUCCCCUCACUAGUCAGCCCUCCUCUCCUCACCAGACUGCCCUCCACCCUUCACCAGUCUGCUCCCACCACUCACCAGUCAACACCACACUUUCUUCAGGUCGGGACGGUUAACGAAGAGCAUCCGGAACAUGGCUUUUCCGCACCAGAUAUUGCUCCUGGCGGUUCUCCACCUGUGUUCGUUGAGCGUGUGGGCUAAAGUGGAGCUGACUAUGGAUGAGACUGUGGAGGCGUAUAGAGGCGACUUGGUCCAGAUCCCCUGCCAGUACAACUUCACUGACAACGCCAAGCCCAGCCUGGUCAUGAUCCAGUGGUUCGUGAAAGCGGCCAAGAGCGGUCUGCGCACGCGCAUCUUCUACAGCGACAACGACCAGGAGAUGGUGGACGGGGACACCGAGUACAGCACGCGCAUCCAGGUCAACUCGGACCCGCAGGGCUCGGUGCUGACGCUGCAGGACGUGCUGCUGCUGGACGAGCGCGAGUUCAUCUGCCAGGUGAACGGCCUGGCGGCAGGCAACGCCGAGGGCAGGACCAACCUCCGGGUGUUCGCUCCGCCACAGCCCCCCGUGAUCGAGGGGGUCCUUACGGGGAUAUCGGUGACCAACGAGGCCUUGUCUAAGGUGGCGUCGUGCGAGGCCCAGAACAGCUUCCCCAAGCCCAACAUCACCUGGUACCGCAACGACCUUCCCCUGGUGCCCGCUCAAGGAUACGUGAACGUGGUGACCCUGGUGAGCCGCGAGCCCGAGGGCUUCUUCACGGUGCAGAGCGAGCUGCAGUACAAGGUGGUGAGGGAGGACCGCCACGCACGCUUCACCUGUGAGGUCCACUACCUGGUCCCCGGCGCCGCCAGGACCGCCGAGUCCCGGGACGUCAACAUCACCGUGCACUACCCCACUACCAUGGUGGAGCUUUGGAAGGAGUCUCCGCCCGGUCCGGUGAAAGAGGGGGACACCGUUGAGCUUCGUUGCCACGGCGACGGCAACCCCCCUCCGCCCUUUAUCUUCAACAGAGAACAAGAGCCAGAGGGGGCCCUGGGUUCCAGCGGGGACGUCCUGGUCCUGACCGAGGUGACGCGGAGCGAUAGCGGAGUCUACCAGUGUCGUCCUCAGGACAGCCAAUCACGGGCCAGCGUCAUGGGAGACAUGCUGCUCACUGUGCAUUACCUGGACCCCGUGGUGGUGGUCCCCAGGGACUCCGAGGUCAUGUUUAAGGGGGAGAGCCUCACAGCCACGUGCAACGCGUUGUCCUCUCUGGAAACCACCGCUGUGUGGUACAAGAACGGGAAGCAGGUGGGGCGAGGCCACACCCUGACCCUGGCGGACGCCACCUACGCCACCAGCGGGGAGUACGUGUGUGAGGUGACGGUGCCGUCCCUGCCCGCCCUGCGCACCAGCGGCUCCGUCCACAUCAUCGUCCAGGGUGCGCCCCAGCUGAGCGAGGAGCGGGAGGUGGAGCUGGAGGAGGCCACAGGCCGGCUGGUCAACCUGAGCUGUGAGGCCCAGGGACACCCGCUGCCCACCAUCUCCUGGAGCAUCGUGGGGACCCAGACCUGGCGCGAGGUGGUGAACAGGGCCAGUGAGAACACGGCUCACAGUGUGGUGUCGGUGAAGGUGACGUCGGACGUCAGCGCGCUGUGCAACGCCUCCAACGACAUGGGCGCCGAGGUCAAGAGCUUCCGCAUCACAGCCAUUCCUCUGGCCUCACCCCCCCCCGUCCCCCACUCUCCCGCCGAGGGCAGCGGGGUGGUCAUCGUGGUGAUCAUCCUGUCCCUCCUGCUGCUCGCCAUCCUGGGGAGCGUCGUCUACUUCCUGCACAAGAAGGGCAAGAUCCCCUGUGGACGCUCUGGGAAGCAGGAGAUCACCAAAGAGAUGCUGUCUAAAGACGACAUUGUGGUGGAGCUGCAGGCCGACCCCAAGGCGGAGCAGGCCGAGCUGCUGAAGGGGGCCAACGGGGCCCCGAAGGCCCCUGGGGACCAGGAGGUGGAGCUCAAGAAGUGACGCAUGCAGCAGUCCAGGCUGUGACCCGGCCAGGGGGGGACACACCUCCCACCACCAGGCUCCUCCCCCCCCC